GGUUUGGUAAGUGGGAGUUGUGACCUGUAGUUUGACAGGUUUAUAACGGAGUUCUAGUGUUUGUUUGCUGCUUUUAAGGAUCUUAGCAGGCCGAAUAGUCUGUCUGUGUGCGCUGGCGUUGCGUUUUGCGAACAUGAAGGACGCGUUGCAGUUGCUGUGUAGGUUCACCGCCCAUCCGGAUUCGCGCUGCUGGUAUGUGGCGUGGAGCCCAAACGGCACCCUGCUGGCUUCAUGUGGCGGCGAUCGGACGAUUCGAAUAUGGGGCAAGGAAGGGGAUUCCUGGGCAUGUAAGGCUGUCCUGCAAGAUGGACACCAACGCACAGUCAGGAAGGUCUCCUGGUCCCCUUGUGGGAACUAUCUGGCCUCCGCCAGCUUUGACGCCACAGCCUGUAUCUGGAGAAGAAAAGAGGAUGACUUUGAGAUUGUCACAACCUUGGAGGGCCACGAGAAUGAGGUGAAGUGUGUUGCCUGGGCCCCGUCAGGCAACCUGUUGGCCACCUGUAGCCGGGACAAGAGCGUGUGGGUUUGGGAAGUGGACGAGGAGGACGAGUAUGAUUGUGUCAGUGUAGUGAACACUCACACUCAGGACGUGAAGCAUGUGACCUGGCAUCCCACCAGGGAGCUUCUGGCGUCGGCCAGCUACGACAACACAGUGCGUCUGUACCAGGAGGAAGACGACGACUGGGUGUGCAAAGUCACGCUCGAGGGACACACGUCCACCGUGUGGAGCCUGUCUUUCGACCCCAGCGGACAGCGGCUGGCCUCCUGCAGCGAUGACAAGACUGUGAAGAUCUGGAGGGAAAACCAGCCUGAAGAUGUGACUGGGACGGAGAGCGGUGGGUCAGAUCCGGCCUGGAAAUGUAUCUGCACUCUGUCCGGCUUCCACAGCCGGACCGUGUACGACGUCUCCUGGUGCCGACUGACAGGGGUGCUGGCCACUGCCUGUGGAGAUGACAGCAUACGUGUGUUCAGGGAGGAUGCAGCCUCGGAUCCCCAGCAGCCCACCUUCUUCCUGUCUACCCAUGUGCCCCAAGCCCACAGACAGGACGUCAACUGCGUCUCCUGGCAUCCCAAGGAGGCGGGGCUGCUGGCCUCUUGCAGCGAUGAUGGCGAUAUUGCCAUCUGGAAUUACCAAUCGGAGGCUUGAUUCUUGGAUCAGCCAAUGGGACACAGACCAGCUACAACAAUACAAUUGUAUUAGCUGAAAAAUUAGAUUUCAUUGAACGCCAAGCUGAAGGAGAUGGACAGGCUCUGAAAGCCUGCUUUUGACGCUUUCUUGCCCUUAAACUUUCCUGUUUUUAGGUGAAUUAAAAAGUAGCUAAAACACGA